GGGCUUUUGUGCCAAGAUCGAUUCCACACAUUCUCGCCACGAUCCGCUGGCUAUAUAAGUGCGAACGGGGCCGACUCACUCGCAUUCAUUGUUUGCUCGCAGGCGCAUGAACUCAACUCAGUCGAGGACCAAAGGACUUGCGACUCCACAAAUUACGGGCCAUAAAUUCGCUUCAUUCAUUAUUAAUCUUGCUCCGAGUCCGAUUCCCAGUCUCGGGAACUGUGUGUGUUGUGUACUCUACUGUUUAUCAAAGCAAAGUAAAACUGAAAGCCAAACAGCGCCAAAUACAAACAACGAUUCCUCGGCAGCGAAAUAAACAAAACUUCGCAAAACGUGCGCGCCAACAAAAAACGGCAACCAGGGAAAAGUUCGCUAUAAAUUUCCCCGAUUCAGACGCCCGUGCCCCAAUAAAUUGUUUGUCUACGUAGAACAAAAGAAAGCAUUUUGCAAUAAACAAGUCCCGAAAGGCCAACCAGAUCAACAUGGAAGUGCAGAAGCUGCCGGAUCAGUCGCUGCUCUCCAGCAUAAUUCUCGAUUCCAGAUGUGGGCUGAACGACUUAUAUCCGAUUGCCCGGCUGACGCAGAAAAUGGAGGACGCCCUUAGUGUUUCUGGGAAAACCCCGUCCGCCGCCGCCGCCGUCGACAAGGACUGCCCCUACACCAUCGAGCUGGUGCAACCCGAGGACUCGGAGGCGGUGAUCGCCAUGCUCAAGACCUUUUUCUUCAAGGAUGAACCGCUCAACACCUUCCUUAAUCUGGGAGAGUGCAAGGAACUGGAGAAGUAUUCCUUGAAGCCCCUUCCCGACAAUUGCUCAUACAAAGCAGUCAAUAAGAAGGGGGAAAUUAUUGGCCUGUUCCUAAAUGGAUUGAUGCGACGUCCGUCGCCCGAUGAUGUGCCCGAAAAGGCAGCCGACUCCUGCGACCACCCAAAGUUCAAGAAGAUCCUCUCGCUGAUGGACCACGUGGAGGAGAAGUUUAACAUUUUCGACGUUUAUCCCGACGAGGAGCUGAUCCUGGACGGCAAGAUCCUGUCGGUGGACACUAACUAUCGGGGUCUGGGCAUCGCCGGACGGCUCACCGAACGAGCCUACGAGUACAUGAGGGAAAACGGGAUCAACGUGUACCACGUCCUGUGCUCCAGCCACUAUUCCGCCCGGGUAAUGGAAAAGCUAGGCUUCCACGAGGUGUUCAGCUUGCAGUUCGCCGAUUAUAAGCCGCAGGGCGAGGUGGUCUUCAAGCCGGCGGCUCCGCAUGUCGGCAUCCAGGUGAUGGCCAAGGAAGUGGGGCCUGCGAAGAAGACAGCGCAGACGAAGCUCUAGAUGAUCUGAAUUUGGAUUUCGUACUAUGUGAUUCUUUAGUUUGUAGUUCGGUGGCGGGUUCCGGUAGUUCCAUGUCAAGUGUCUCCACUUUCGAUUCAUAGUAGCAUAAACAAACAGUACAAGUUACGUAUUUAUAUAAUUUAAUUAUCCCUUCGCGACGGUAAGCUUAAGUGUUUUGUGUUUAGAACGGCAAUAAAUAAAAUGCCUUUAAAAUCA